AUGGCGCCUCAAACCCGUUCUCGCACAUCAGGCGGCCCUGCGCAAUCGUCAAUGGACGAUCUGGUGACCCGAGCUGCUUCUGAGGCGCCUUCAAAGUCAUCGGCCACCAAGAAAUCGAAAGUAUACAAACGCUCCGAGCCAGCCCCACGACAGCUUCAUUUCCCUGCGCGCAAUAAGACCGUCCGCACAUAUGGCAAAGGCAAAGCGCGCCGAAGCCUGCCCUCAAGAAUACCAGAUCAGUCGACCUUGACGCAGAUAGGGUGGAUACCAAGUACUUACCAGGAAGAGGAAGACGAUAUGGAUGGGCUGAUCGAUCUGACCAUGGACGACGAGGACGACGCACACGAGGCCGAGGACAGGAAGACGACGAGGAGGAGCAAGAGGAGGAAGACUGAUGGCGACCUGGAAAUCGUGCCCAAUUCCACGGCCGGCUCCAGCUUUCAUACCCAGACCUUGACCCAGAUGCCAUCGUUCAUGUCUAGACAGCAGCCGGAGGACGACGAGCUCGUAGAGGAUUUCAAACUUGACGACGAAGAUGGUGAACACAAAGAUGCGGCCAAAGUGGCGGACAGCGAGGAGGAAUUCGAGCCUCUUUCGCCGCUAAAGGAGAGGAAGAAGAGCUCUACACCUUCACCGCACAAAGCCAUCUUGAAGCCUACACAUGGCACAACCCCCUCGAAGGUUUCGCAGACACCACGCAAACAAAUCGUCGACCGAGAAGUGAUUCCCUCGUCACAGCCAUCGCCUUUCACCCCUAAUCUGGGCAUUGGAGAACGGUAUUGGUCGCAAAUGGACCGGACGCCACUAAAGGAGAGGUCGACGAAUGUUGAUGCCCCGACACCAACUGUGAGCAAGAAGAGGCCCCGUACGCUGGAGAUCGCAGACUCGUGGAGUACGGUCAAUGGCGGCAUGAGUUCAAGCCCGUUGAAGGGUAAAAUCCAUCGGACACCUUUGAAGGAGAUAAAUCUGGAUGACUUGGCGGAGAGGAGUAUCGUUUUAGGAGAAUCCCCGGUUCAUGGCGAUAAUUCUUCUAGCAGAGGGGAAGUUGGGAACACCAGUGUGGAUUUGGGAACACAGAACGCUCUGAAGAUUGGAAGUCCCGAGAGAGGAGAAGGCAAAAACCUCUCUCAGAAGUCUACGCGGUCAGAAGGGGACAUCAUACUUGACUCCGAGGACGAGUUUGAUUUUGAGCUUGAGGAUGACAGUGGAGCCAACGACGAAGCUCCUGGAACACCCACACCAGCAGCUCGUGCAUACACCCAGGAGAAUACGGAAGUCGUGGCCCAGGAGACUGAAGCACCAGUGCAGUCCCCACAAAAGUCAACCAUACUACCUUCUUCACGACCUGCCACUCAACGUCAUCCUACGCCUGAUCCUUUGCCUGAGAAUGAUGAGGCAGAGCCGGAAACGCCCAGUCCUUCGCCGCAGAGAAGACCGAGUAUAUCGAGUAUCAUCGAGGCUGACAAGGAGACGCCCCUGUCGUCACCGCAGAAGACGUCGCCUGCGCUGCCGCCAAUGACGCAACUUGGAUCCAGUCACAGGUCCCAUGCCUUGUCCUCUCCACAAAAGAACUCGCCAGCAAUGCCGCCAGUUUCUCAACUUGGAUUCAGGUACAAAUCGCAAGCUUUCGAGUCACAGCGUGUGCCGUUUGAGCGAAUCCAACGACUGGGCCCACAGACUGACCGGUCUGAUAUUAUCAUUUCGGUUCAUCCUGAUCAUGCUGAGCAGAUUGCAGAAGGCGUCAAGACCCAUGAGUUCCGCAACUAUCGAAUUCCUCAGACGGUAGGGCGAAUCUGGAUGUAUAUCACGAAACCGGUCUGUGCCCUCAAGUACAUGGCGACCAUCAGUGGCGCCAAAGAACCCGGAGAGAUAUCUUCUGAAGAUUCAGGCGUUGGCAACGAAGAGUUCAACCAGGGCAAGGGUCCAAAGUUCGCAUAUGAGCUGAAGCAGGUAUACCAGCUCAACAACCCAGUCUCUUUGAAGAGAAUGAAGGAGAACGGCUGGGUGGAAGAGGCGCCAGCCAAGUAUGUCUACGUGCCACCCGCGGUAUUGGGUGAGUUGAUGGGAAACCUCAGAUGUGCUCUUUUUGUGGAGCCGGGUGAGCCCCAGUCAAGCCAGGUCGACAUGUCGGUCUCACAGGAGGUAGAGAUGCAACUGCGAAGUGACAUUGCGCACUCGACGCAGCUGGAUCAUAUGCGAUCGUCACCGCUGCAAAGCCAGAGGCAUGAAACUGGAGACGUCAACAUCAUCCCGUCCAGCCAGGGGAGCGGGAAGGAGCCAGCCAGCAGCCCACCUCACGAGACGAUCGCCGCGACCAACAAACCGGUCUUCGCUAAGCCCGCCGUGCCGGCCAGCCGGUCGCAGCGAAGCGUGCACUGGGUCGAGGACAGCCCCGUGGGCAAGCGGACACUAUCGCCGCAGCGCGCCGCCGACAACCCCGCUACCGUGCGCCCGUCCCAGGCCACGACGGCCAGCGCACCGUCGAGUCCCUCACAACAUCUACCGCCGUACCGCGGGCAGCAGCCCAUCGUGGUCCCGUCACAGAGCCAGCCAUCAAUACCAGUCUCACCGCCCACAACAAAGGCCGCGCCUCGGUCACAGGUGGGCCGCCAGUCCAGCGGCCUCCUCUCGGACUUUGAGGUGGACGCCGUCGUGGGCGACAGCCCCGUGCGGAGGCGCGGGGCCGCGACGCACAGCUCUGCCCUGCUGCCCGGCUCGUCGCAGGGCUUUACGCUGGGGAGCGGGGAGAUGGAUAGCCUGCUGGAUGACUCGAAGAUUAGGCAGCCGCCUGAGGUUGUGUGGGAUUCAGAGGGGGAGAUUUGA